AUGAGUUACCAUGUCGUAUGGUUGGGUGUGGAGAAAGCAAAGGCUGAUAUUCAUGGAGAUCACUCAUUAUGGUUUGACCAGCUGCGGUGGUAUUUGGAUGCUAUGAUGCGGUACAAUCCGGAGAGUUACGUCAAUAUUGACUAUGAUGCGAGUAGUCAACAGUUUUGUCGUUUCUUUGUGUCAUUCGUUGCGUGUAUUUCUGGCUUCAAUUCUUGUCGGCCUUUAUUAUUCCUGGAUAGAACAUUCCUCAAAGGAAAGUACAAAGGUCAACUACUUGCGGCAACGGCGAAAGACGGAAACAAUGGUCUGUUUCCUGUUGCAUUUGUGAUUGUUGAUUCGAGACCACGGCCAAUUGGUCGUGGUUCUUGCAUGAACUUGGGAAGGGGCAUGCGUUAUGGGGAGAUGACAUCCAAUGCGGCGGAGUCAUUUAAUAACUGGAUUAAAGAAGCGCGUAAUCUUCCUAUCACUCAAAUGGUGGACACAAUUUGUACUCAGUUGAUGCGGCAAAUCAUCAAAGUAGAAGACAUGAACGUUUACAUCAAUAUAACCAUUCACAUCAUCAACUCAUAA